CGUCCCUUUAUUGAUCGCCAGUAAAGAUAUAAGGAUAGGAGAUAUAAGAUAAGGAUAGAGGGCGGAUAAGGAAGAUUUCCGUUCUGCAGGUCACAGCCACCUCCUGGUUUUACCUAAACCACCUGGGGGAAGCCUCUGCCUCUCUAGAUGAUGUGAUAAAAGCAAACGGACUAAUUUCAUCCCUAAACAAUUCAUGUUUCUUUACAGUCACAGCCUCAUUCCUUAUUAGCUACUCUUUCAGGCUGUGUGGUUUCCUGUCAGUACAGCGCAGAUGCGCAGCGUCGUCAGGUGUGCGCUGAGGAGGACGUAGUGGCAUCUGUUGUUGACGCCUCUUCACUUUCUCACCGGGUCGGACAGGAGGACACACGCCUGGCUGACGAGGAGAAUUAAGUGUUACGUGUGAGGAGCAGCUUUCUAAUCUCUGAUCUCUUGGAUUAUUCCUCCGAUGGACGGGACUUAGUCCCUGUCGGUGGUUUUUGGCCACUGUUUUACGCACACUGUGCACCAUUUUUGCGCGCUAAUAUUUGCGCCCCUGGCUUUUGCAUGAUGGAUUAAACACUCAUUAGUUUUAGCCUAGUUUUUGAUUUUUGCUCUCUUGAACAAUUGUAGAUUAUUUAUGGACUCGCAUCAUGCUAAAUGAUGUUGAUCUUUUGGUCACUGGAGCGCGCAGUCGUAUGUUGGAUUAAGAGCCUGCGACUUUCCACCGCUCUCGGACCAAGCACCCGUUUAUUCACCUGAGACACUUUGACCUGUUUUCUCCUAUUGACUUGCUGGGAUGGAGGGCGAGCUGAGACCCAGGCUGUGUUUCCUGACCAAAGGAGAGCGCGGCUAUGGGUUUCACCUGCACGGUGAGCGGAAUAAAGGCGGACAGUUCAUCCGAAAAGUGGAGCCCGGCUCCUCAGCUGACCUGGCCGGGCUGCGACCCGGAGACCGAGUGGUGGAGGUGAACGGGGAGAAUGUGGAAAACGACCCUCACCAUCAAGUGGUGAACCGGAUCCGGGAGGUGGCCCACCGCACCCGGCUGCUGGUGGUGGACAGAGACACGGAUGACUACCUCCGCAGCUGUGGCCUGGCCUGCACCGAGGACCUGGCCAUUGAGAUGGGGACCCUCUCCCCGCGCCCCUCGCCCAGGCCCACCCCCUCUACCUCUCCAUUACCCAGAGAGAAUUCACCCCUGCCACCCAACCACACACAAUCAUUUCACCCUCCUGCUGCAGACUCGCCCACUCACAUGGUCACACAGGGCAGAUCCUCAGUGACAUCAAGCACAACGACAGACACAGAGCUGCAGGUGGAGCCUUCACCAGAGCCGACAGUUGAGCUCCUUCCCCGCCUGUGUCACCUGGUGAAGGGUGAAGAGGGCUACGGCUUCAACCUGCACAGCGAUAAAACAAAGAGAGGACAAUUUAUACGAUCUGUGGACCCCGGCUCGGCUGCUGAGAGCUCAGACGUCAGACCUGGAGACAGACUAGUGGAGGUGAACGGUGUGAACAUAGAGGGCCUCAGGCACUCAGAGGUGGUGGCGCUCAUCAGAGCAGGGGGGGAGGAAGUGCACCUCCUAGUGGUCGACCAGGAGACGGACGAGCUCUUCCAAAGACUUGGGAUUAUACCCACCCCCAGCCAUGUCAAAGAAGUCUAUGUGGACGAACUGGCCACAGAAAGCACUUCACCCACGCCCUCUCCGACCACUGACCUCCCCGCCACAGAUCCACCUAUCAUAAACGUCACACUGACAGACUCCCCGAUUACAAAUACGUCCCCAAAAUCGCGGGCCAAAGGGAGCUCGGCGUCCCAGUCCUCAAGAAGUUCCACCACCCAGUCAGAGAUCAGCAGCUCGGACAUGAGUAUCCAGGUCCCUGACGAGGACGACAGGCGUAUUUCGGACCCUUUCGUGGACGUCGGCCUGCGUCUGAGCCCUACAGCCGCCGAGGCCAAACAAAAGGCCCUCGCCAGCCGCAACAAGAAGAGAGCGCCCCCUAUGGACUGGAGUAAGAAACAGGAAAUCUUCAGCAACUUCUGACUGCAGAAGAGAAAAAGGAGAAAAAAGAGAAGUAGUGCAUUGAUUGAGGAAUAAUAGUGUGAUCUAUGUAGAGUAACGUGAAGGAGGAGCAGGUAGUCACAUUCUUAGCAAUAUACUUCAAUUCUGUUCUGUGUAAAACAAAAUACAUUGUAAGAUUUGGAAUAGUAUUCUCUAGUUGCUUACUUUAUCUGUAAGGACAAAGACAUGUUCUGUGGAUGUGUCAUGAAUCGUACGCAGCACUGCAUUAAACAAGGACAUUAAUGACAGGCUGACUAUUUAGAGACUUGUCAAUGGUCAAAUGGUGCAUGGUCGAUAUACAGUGUUUCUCCUUUUUUCACAGCCAUGUCAGAGCCACGAGUACUGACGAUGAGUCUGUUGCAGCCUUUAUGCACUCCUGUUUCUGUAUCAGUGAUUAUAUCAGCAUUUGUCUGAUUUGGGGCCGUAUUUGCUGUAGAUAUGCUUCUUUUUUUGUUGCAAUUUCAGUAUAUUUUGUUUUUUUUUUGAAGUAACAGUUUAAUGUCUUUUCAAUUUACAAUGAACUCAUCAGAGCUGCAUCCUGAAAUAGCUGUCUCUCUCUCUCUCUAUUAACUUUUUUGUUUGUCAGUUUAAUGUAGCAUGCACCUUUAAAUGUAAAUACAGAGGAAAUGGGAGAGGCUAAAUUAUGGAAUGUAUGAAUGUUGGAUCACUUCAGUGCUUCUCUUAAAUGUCAGGGCCAUUUCUGUAAAAGAGAAUAUUUAAAUGACAGAUGGUUGACCAGGUUAAAAAAAAAACAAAACAAAAAAAAACAACUGUAGACCCUCUGAUCACUUUAGUGUAGCUUUUUGAGGAAUUUUCUCUCAAAUGUGCUGGGUUGAAACUUCUCACAAUGUGAAAUAAACAUACAAAAUAUGUAUAAAUGCCAUAAUUGAAUGAUUAUUGUUGUUAAGACUGUAGACAGGGAAAGGUUUCCUACUUUUUGAUUCUGUUAAACAUGCUAUGUGCUUAAGCGGGCUGUCUAAAGAGAUAAAGGUAGGAUUUCAACUAAC